AUGAAACUCUCUGCUGCCCUCACCACCAUUGCAAUCGCCACCGCUUCCGCCGAGACGGAAUUCUGCGGCGAGAAAAACAAGACAGAGACCGCCGACUACGUCCUAUACUACAAUCUAUGGGGCGCUUUUGACGAUCCCAACGGCCACCAGUGCACGGGCCUUGAUAGUGUCGACGGCUCAACUAUCUCUUGGCACACGAGUUUUAGCUGGAACGGAACUGCGUGGCAGGUCAAGUCGUUUGCUAACGCGGCUCUGAAGCUCGACCACGUUCCAAUCGCAAACAAAAAAUUGGUUGCCAACGUCGCCUUUGACAUGUUCACGACAUCAAGUCUUGGUGGAAACGCAGAGUAUGAGGUCAUGGUAUGGCUUCAGGCCAUCGGUGGGGCUGGUCCCCUUUCAAACACUGGUAGACCGGUCAAGGAGGUGAACGUGGGUGGCGUGGAUUUCAGUUUGUAUCACGGCAAGAACGGUAACAUGACGGUAUUCUCCUAUGUCGCCGCUAAUACCACGAAUAGUUUCUCGACUGACUUCAAGCAGUUUUUCGACGAGCUUCCAUCCAACAACACGAUUGCGCCCGAACAGUACUUGAUCAACGUUCAGGCCGGCACCGAGCCUUUCGUCGGAAACGGAACGCUGACUGUAUCGAGGUACUCAGCUGCGGUUAACACUGCCUCGACGUAA